AUGGGAUUUCACUUUCAGCAGUACAUCGCCAUGGCUGGCCGCGCCAUCAACCCAGUGCAGUGGACGCGCGCAUGGCGGCGCAUGGAGGGAAAAUCGGCGACGGAAGUUUACCGCGACGCCCUUGCGUGGACGAACAACCAGGUCGCGCAGAUCUCCCGCGCGUCCCAGUACCGCGCCUGGUGGUGGCAAAACCCACUCGGAAUGGGACUCGUCCUCUACGGCACCUACAAGGCAUGGCACAUGAUCUACAUGGUUCGCAAGCAAAAGAAAACGGCGCAGUUGGUGGCGGCGGCGUACGGCCAGGGCGGCCAGUGGCUCAAUCCCGUUCCCCGAUAA